AUGGAUGGCUCCUCGGUCACCAAAAGGCCUCGUUCCCGGAGCCAAAUUACAGUGGUGACCUUAGGUGACUUUGCGUCGUUCGUGGCACAUAUGAAGGAAAUAGCAGUCAGGAAAGACGUGGACCUUCUUCUCGUAGACUCUGGAGACCUGCACGAUGGUACCGGUUUAUCGGACGGUUACCCUCCCGGCGGCGUUGACGGUCACGAAUCUACCAAGUUCCUUGCCGAACUUCCUUACGAUGUUAUGGCUAUUGGAAAUCACGAACUAUACGUUUACGCAGACACCCUCGACAUGCAUCAAAAUCUGGCGCCGAAGCUGAAUGGUCGAUAUCUUUCGUCCAAUGUCAAUAUUACAUUGGCAGAUCAGAACAACAACACUGUUGAUGUUCCUGUGGGUAGUCGAUUUGCCAAGUUCAAGACACGGAAAGGCCGAAGCGUUACUGCGCUUGGAGUUAUCUUUGACUUCACUGGGAAUGAUCAAAAUACUACUGUCCAGAAGGUCGAGGAUAUGGUCAAAGAGUCUUGGUUCUUGGACGCUAUCAAGGAUGAACCUGAUUUCUUCCUACUGGCUGGACACAUGCCGGUUUCUCGUGAUAAUUGGCCUUUGGUUUUCAAUGCCGUUCGUGCUGUUCAUGCUACAACGCCCAUUCUCAUUCUCGGUGGUCGGUCACACUCACAUUCGAGACUGCGUUCCAGCUUGAUGGACGAUCUAUGUCACUGGAAAGCGGGCGUUACAUGGAGACUGUGGGUGUCAAGCUUGACACUCAGAGUGCAGUCGAACAACCUUACCUUUAGCCGACGCUAUUUGGACCCUAAUCGCGUCACUUAUGAAUAUCACACCCGAGAAAGCCAGUCGACCUUCGAUACCGAGAAGGGCCAGUCUAUCACGGCUGGACUAAAUCAGCUCGCCCUUGACUUUGAUCUAAACUAUACGUUCGGAACGGCCCCGCAUGACUAUGCAAUCACCCGGUAUCCAUAUCCUUCCAACGACUCUCAAUUAUCCCUCUUUGCUGAACUGGUAUGUGGUCUUCAUGUCCAGCAUCUAUCAUCGGACACAAAUACUUCUAGGCUACACCGUAUGCAUUGUCCGUUAACAACAGUCGCGCCGACAUCCCCAACUACAUACUUCAUCAACUCCGGUGGACAGCGUUUCGACAUAUACGCCGGACCAUUCACCAAGAAUGAUCAACUUCACCGUCAGCUCCAUACACCAAUACGUUCUUCUACUGUCCCUGAGGUGCCACUUUCUGUGGCACUGGAUACCCUGCAGACAAUGGCGGAGAAUGGCGAACAGGAUCGGAAGAGGAGUCUGAAGCAGGAGAUGUACAGCCGAGGAGAUGUGCGGGCUAGGUAUUUGGAUUGGCUGAGCGAGAUGAACCAAAGAUAUGUGGAGCUGGAAAGACGUGAUACGGAUAAUCUGACCUUGGGAUAUGUUACCACCGAUUCCUGCCCGGGUGUUGGCGAUGAUAUCAUUCACACACCACUUCCAUUCUACUCUAUACCCGACUUUGUUGGGUCCAUCCCACCGGACGUGUCGAACGACACGCUCAUCGACUUUGUCUUUGUCGACUUUGUGGUGGAUCAGGUAGUGGAGACUUUGAAUAUUGUACAAUCGGACAAGGAAUAUACGUCGGGCGACGUGGAGACGUACAGCACGCUUCUGACAGACGAAGUACUGGGGGUAUAUGCGCAGUUUGCAUGGAACUAG